ACAGGCUAGCACGGAGAGGAAACAUGAUGAAUUUGGAAGGCUCUCAGUUGUUCCCGUAUCCGAACGCCUUCCUGAAUGGUAUUGUGCUUGUAGGUCUCCUGAGUGUUCUGAAAUUCUUCACGGUCACGACAUGGAACUUGGCAGUGGGUCUACGAGCGCACGUGUGGUCCAAACUCCGGAACAAGAAUUUCGUUGAGACUUACGGGCAAUGGGCAGUCGUCACAGGGAGUUCAGACGGCAUCGGGAAGGGCUAUGCAUAUGAACUCGCCAAGAAAGGGAUGAACUUGCUCCUGAUAUCUCGCACGAUGGAAAAGUUGCAGAAAAUCAAAGAAGAAAUUGAAAAAGAGUUCGGUGUCGAGGUGGAGAUAAUGCAAGUAGACUUCAGCCAUGGAAAGCAGGUGUACGAAGAGAUAGAGGAACGCGUGAGAGGAAAGGAGGUCGGCCUUUUAGUGAACAACGUGGCCGUUAUAGUACCUCAUCCUAUGAACUUCGGCGAAGUCAGCGAGCACCAGCUUUGGAGUCACGUCAAUGUCAAUGUUGCAUCUCCCUUGGCAAUGACGAGAAUGAUCCUGCCAGGGAUGUUGGAGCGCGACAAAGGAGCCAUCGUCAACAUUGCGUCUAUUUACGGCCGCUAUCCCGUGCCGAUGGUGCAGGUUUAUUCCGCCACCAAGGCAUUUGUAGACUUCUUUUCCGAAGCUUUAGGAUCGGAAUACGAAAAUUCUGGCGUGACCGUUCAGACCGUUACACCCGCCUAUGUGUCGACCAGCAUGACCAGCUUUUCUGAAAAGGUCCACAAACCAAGAUUCUUCGUGCCAACAGCCUCCAACUUUGCCGCCCAUGCUGUGGAUACCUUGGGAUACACCUCUUACACGACAGGCUAUUGGACCCAUGGCUUACAGGCUUGGGUGAUGGAUACUUUCUUUCCACGAUGGGUCUGGAUGAAGUUCUUGAAGAAGAAUUGCGAGGAUUUACUGAAAGAUUUAAAGAAGACGAAAGAAGAAUGAAUGCCUGGUGGGAGCUCAGCAGAAGUGGAUGGCGGGAAAAUAAUAUUUGAUCUUGAGGCCGUAGUGAAUGUUAUUACGGUCCUUGGCAUCCUGACGGCUACGAAGAUCAUAGUGAGGACGGCUUGGGAUGUGGUCGUUGGUCUGAGGGCGCAUGUGUGGUCAAAGCUGUGUAAGAAGAACUUGGUGCGGACUUACGGGAAAUGGGCAAUUGUAACAGGAUGUACAGAUGGAAUUGGAAGAGCUUAUGCUUUUGAACUGGCAAAGAAUGGCAUGAACAUUAUUUUGAUAUCUCGAACUGCAGAAAAACUACAGGAUGUUGCUUCACAGAU